UCUCCUUGUUUGCCUGAUAUCGGCGAUGCCCAUCUCGAAAUAUAUACAUUUAAAUUCCUCUAAAUUCGUUCGGUUUGAAUAGACGAUAAACAUACUUUAAGGUAUAGUAGAAUAUACAUCCCGUUUCUUGCUCGGCUGAACCGACCAACGUGUCAUCCAAAUUCAAAUCCAAAUCCAAAUCCAAAUCCUACGUUUGCAAUUGCUUGCGCUUGUGCAUAACCACGCACCGGUGGUGGAGUAAAUCAUCGGGCUCCUUAAAGAGAAUUAGAUGAUAGAAAUUCGAAAAAAAGAUCGUACCCAAAAAACAAAUAACAAUUUUGAAAAAAGAGAACUCAUCCUGAAUGAAGGGCGGCAGAAUCGGUAUUUCAGGUCAUGGGGAAGAUCCUAUAUAUGCGGUGGGGAGGCGGGGCGUCUUCAACCUCGUCCUGCUUCCCACGCACCAUUCGCAGCGCUACUCCAUGUCUGCGCACUGCCGCAAGAAGUCCCGUCAGGAUUCCGCCAUUAAUGUGCAGAAGCACCUGGAAACGGAGGGCCUACAGUGAUCUGCUGGUGUAGCGUCCUUUCGGCCAGAAUAGAAAGAUACGAACCCGUGAAAGACGCCGCGAAGCUUCGUCCAGGCGAUCCAGGAAGCUUCGUCCGAGUGAUCCAGGUGGGUCGGGGAGAGGAGAAGCGACGGGCGAAGGGCGACGGGCGGGGGGAAGGAGGAAUGGCGACGAACGGGACGGGCGCGGCGACCUCGUGCCCCGCGGCGAUGAAGGCGACCUCGAACGGGGUGUUCCAAGGCGACAACCCGCUGGACUUCGCGCUUCCGCUCGCGAUACUGCAGAUAUGCCUCGUCGUCUUGGUCACCCGCCUCCUGGCUUUACUUCUCAGGCCGCUCAGGCAGCCCCGCGUCAUUGCUGAGAUUGUGGGAGGGAUACUGCUCGGUCCUUCGGCGCUGGGUCGGAAUCACCACUACCUCCAGAGAAUUUUCCCGGCGAGAAGUCUCACGGUGCUGGACACACUGGCCAACCUGGGCCUCCUCUUCUUCCUCUUCCUCGUGGGCCUCGAGCUUGACCCAAAGUCGCUCCGCCGGACGGGCAAGAAAGCCAUGAGCAUCGCGGCGGCUGGUAUUACCCUCCCGUUCGCUUUGGGAAUCGGCACAUCUUUCGUCCUCCGAGGGACGAUUUCCAAAGGGGUGGAUGGACCGCCUUUUCUCGUGUUCAUGGGGGUCGCGCUUUCCAUCACGGCGUUCCCGGUUUUGGCGCGUAUCCUGGCUGAGCUCAAGCUUCUGACGACCGACAUCGGCCGGAUGGCAAUGUCAGCGGCAGCCGUCAACGAUGUAGCUGCGUGGGUUCUGCUUGCCCUGGCAAUUGCCCUUUCAGGAACCGGCCGUUCUCCCCUUGUUUCUCUAUGGGUCUUCUUGUGCGGCAUCGCGUUCGUCCUUGGCUGCAUAUUCUUAGUCCCGCCUAUUUUCAGGUGGAUGGCAAAGCGAUGCCCUGAGGGUGAGCCAGUUGACGAGAUGUACGUAUGUGCUACCUUGGCAGGCGUUUUAGCCGCAGGUUUCAUGACUGAUUUUAUUGGGAUUCACGCCCUUUUUGGCGCUUUCGUGAUCGGGGUUCUUGUCCCGAAAGAGGGGCCAUUUGCUGGAGCACUAGUUGAGAAAGUUGAGGAUCUCAUUUCGGGUCUGUUCCUUCCGCUCUACUUUGUAUCGAGUGGUCUGAAGACAGACAUAGCAACGAUCCGGGGUGCACAUUCAUGGGGUCUCCUUGUUUUGGUUAUAUGCACGGCCUGUUUCGGCAAGAUUGUGGGCACAUUGGUCGUGACCCUUUCGUUCAAAGUCCCCUUUAAGGAGGCUCUAGCUCUGGGGUUCCUGAUGAACACUAAAGGAUUGGUGGAGCUCAUCGUCCUCAAUAUCGGAAAAGACAGGAAGGUACUGAAUGAUCAAACAUUCGCCAUUAUGGUCCUGAUGGCCGUGUUCACGACCUUCAUCACGACGCCCCUAGUAUUGGCAGUAUACAAGCCUGCUCAGAUGAGAAGCAAAGGCACUUACAAGCACAGAACGAUCGAGAGGAAAAAUCCCAAGACGCAGCUCCGUAUCUUGGCCUGCUUCCACAGCAUCAGGAAUAUCCCUACGUUCAUCAACCUCAUCGAGGCCUCGCGUGGCACGGAGAAGAGGGAAGGGCUCUGCGUCUAUGCCAUGCACCUCAUGGAGCUCUCCGAGAGGUCAUCUGCGAUUCUCAUGGUCCACAAGGUGCGAAAGAACGGUCUUCCCUUCUGGAACAAGGGGCAAGACCCUGAUAACCAGAUUGUGGUGGCUUUCGAAGCUUUCCGGCAGCUCAGCCAUGUGUUGAUCCGCCCAAUGACUGCGAUUUCCACGUUGUCCACCAUACACGAGGAUAUCUGUGCCAGUGCUGAAAGGAAAACGGCAGCCAUUAUAAUUCUGCCGUUCCACAAGCACCAGAGGCUUGAUGGGGUGAUGGAGAUGACAAGGAACGAAUUUCGGUUCGUCAACAAGAGGGUUCUCGAGCAUGCUCCGUGCUCAGUCGGGAUCUUAGUGGACCGUGGGCUUGGAGGAGGCUCCCACGUGCCAGCAAGCAACGUUUCCUCGACCAUCACUGUCCUGUUCUUUGGGGGCCAAGAUGAUUGUGAAGCUCUGGCUUAUGGCAAGCGUAUGGCAGAGCAUCCUGGGAUUAGUCUAUCGGUGGUCCGGUUCGUAGUGAGCCCUGAGAUUGCCGGGGAAAUUGUCAGAGUCAGCAUCAAUGACAAGGCUUCUUCCCACACCAAGUCAGUGUCGGGGGACGAGAUGUUCCUCGCUGAAGUUAAGAGUACGGAGGAGGAUUCUAUUAAAUAUGAAGAGAGACGAGUAAAAACUCCUGAAGAAGUUAUCGACGUGAUCAAGGAAUUUAGCCGCUGCAAUCUAUUUUUGGUCGGUCGGAGGCAUGAGGGCCAGAUAGCCGCGGCGAUGAACACGAAGGGCGACACCCCAGAACUGGGGCCAGUCGGUAGCUUACUGUCUUCAUCUGAGUUCUCUACUUCAGCUUCGGUCUUGGUGGUUCAGCAAUAUGCAGGCCCGAUUUCUCUCAACUCAGAGUCGGUGUGAAAGGUCGAAUCGGCACCUGGAGAAGACUUGGAAGCCAAUUGAUUUGGUUAGGCUGUCCGGUAACUGGAUCUGAAGGUAAUGUAAGCGUGUAAUAAGAGAUCAUGAUGGAAACAUUUGUAGGAAGUUCGAACUGAUCGGUUUCAUUCCAUAUGUCUUCUGGUAAUCAAUUACCUUAGGUUGAGAUUUGUUGCA